CUAGGAGCUAGUCUAGGAUCCGCCAUAUUGGAUUAUCUUUCUUAUGUUGUGGUCCAGAUUCUACAUAUCAGCGUUUCGAUCUAUUUUACCUAUACAAGUUAUAAAAUAAAUAAGAUAUUGUAGUGUAAUGGAGCCAGCUUUUAGGAGGUCUGUCUCCGGGAAGCUCUCGUUGGCAGACACUACUGAAGCCAUUUCCAUUAGGAGUGAGAACAGAGGGAGGGAUUAUACCAAGGCAUUGCCUGCUGCAGUUGUCAGGAAACGUGCUGAGGCUGCAGUCAGACGUAUGAAUGGUGAUUUAAACAACAAAAUCCAUUUGCUUGGACAGUUCACCAUACAGUUCGGGCAGUUCAGAAAUGAAACGUUCAAGUGGCUUGUCUCCAAUUCUCUGGGAUAUGCAGCUUUUAUAGUGGUUUCAUCUCAGAAUGAUCCAGCAUCCGCUGAUGAACGAUGGGUAAAUAAGAUGGCACUCAAGAAUUACCUGAGUUUAUUCCCAGAGGGACUAGAGGCUAUCAACAUCAAGAAGUUAGAGAAGCAGGGUCGUCAGGCGCCUGCCAAACCCCAGUCUAAACUGGUUGAAGCUGCCACUGAUCUGAUGUCUGACACAGAUGACAACGAGUUGUCUGCGAUGGCGGAGAAGAUCGAAUUUGACCUUCAAGCUGUAGAUGCUGAGGCCUAAAUAAUACAUAUUUUCGUUUCCUCCUACAUUGUUCAUUUUUAGCUCACUUGUCACAUAGUGACAAGGUGAGCUUUUGUGAUCACCCUUCAUGCGUCAUCCGUCCGUGCGUCAGUCUGUCCGUCCGUCAACAAUUUCUUGUCUGCACGAUAGUGGUUUCAUUUAUAAUUUUAUCUUAACCAAACUUGCACACAACCUGUAUCACCAUAAGAUCUCGGUUCCUUUCUUGAACUGGCCAGAUCCCAUUAUGGGUUCCAGAGUUAUGGCCCCUGAAAAGGCCAAAAUGAGCUAUUUUGAGCUUGUCUGCACAAUAGCAGCUUUAUUUUUGAUUUGAUAUUUACUAAACUUGCACACAACUUGUAUCACCAUAAGAUCUUAGUUCCUUUUUGGAACUGGCCAGAUUCCAUUAUGGGUUCCAGAGUUAUGGCCCCUGAAAGGCCCAAAAUUAGCUAUUUUGAGCUUGUCUGCACAAUCGCAGCUUUAUUUAUGAUUUGAUUUUUACCAAACUUGCACACAACUUGUGUCACCAUAAGAUCUUGGUUCCUUUCUGGAACUGGCCAGAUUCCAUUAUGGGUUCCAGAGUUAUGGCCCCUGAAAGGCCCAAAAUUAGCUAUUUUGACCUUGUCUCCACAAUAGCAGCUUUAUUUAUGAUUUGAUUUUUACCAAACUUGUACACUACUUGUAUCACCAUAAGAUCUUGGUUCCUUUCUAGAAGUGGCCAGAAUCCCUAUGGGUUCCAGAGUUAUGGCCCCUGAAGGGGUCAAAAUUAGCUAUUUUGACCUUGUCUGCACAAUAGCAGCUUCAUUUAUGAUUUGAUUUUAACCAAACUUUCACAAAACUUGUGUCACCAUAAGAUCUUGGUUCCUUUCUUGAACCGGCCAGAUCCCAUAAUGGGUUCCAGAGUUAUGGAACAAAAUUAGCUAUUUUGACCUUGUCUGCACAAUAGCAGCUUCAUUUAUGAUUUGAUUUUAACCAAACUUGCACAAAACUUGUAUCAUCAUAAGAUCUCGAUUCUUUUUUAUAUGCCCGCAGGGACGUUUGAUGUUAUCGCCUCGGUGUCCAUCUGUCUGUCUGUGUGUUUGUUAGCAAUUUCCCUUCCGCUCUGUAACUCUUGAACCCCUUGAUGCAUUUCAGAGAAACCUGACACAAAUGUUCACUCAUUGAAAGGAUGUGCAGAGCGCAUGUUUCAGAUGGCUAAAUUCAAUGUCAAGGUCACACUUAGGGGUCAAAGGUCAUAUGACUUUGUUUUAUGUGAAUAUUGCUCUGCAUUGCAGUGUUCUUGUUUUUAUUUGGCAGAUCCUUCUUUUGUUUGGUUACAAUAUUAUUUUUUUUAUUACUUCCCUUUUAUGUUACUAUAAAUAGCUUAUUUAGUAACUUUUUUAUUAUUGGCCGUAGGGAAAAACUGAGACCGCUUUUCUGUGGUACAACAUGGAUGGUACCUCCAAUUUUUAGGUGUAUUUUGACAUAGCUGUACCUUGCUAGAAUUUUUUGUUUUUGUUUUUGGUUAAAGCAGUGGUACUCAGGUGAGCGAUAUAGGGCCAUCAUGGCCCUCUUGUUGAAUGGUUCCCAGUGAGAAAAAUGUAUAUAUAACUAAUAAGUAAAAACUCAGGUUUUUUUAUUAAGUCAUUACCAGUCAAAUUAAUAUCCUUAUUUAAAAUUAAACAGGGCCACUCCUUUAAUAGCAAUUUUUUAAUGCAAGAGGAAACAACCCUUACAGAAGCAAGCCUCUGUGGCGUACAUGCUGCGUAUUUGCUGUGUAUAUGCCGCGAACACAGUAGUACGCCAGAGGAGUACAUUUUACAUACACUGCAUGCCGCGUACAUGCCACGUACUAUUUCGACGAGUACACAGCAUGUACGCAGGAGGUCACUAGUACACUUCAAGUACGCAGCACAGACUCUGAAAAUUUAAGGAGUACACUGCAUGUACGCAGGAGGGACUUGUACAAGAAAAUAGUACACUGCAUGUACACCGCAGAUACUUCGAAAUUUAUAACACUUAUAUUUAGUUGCAUUAAAGUUGUUUCCCCUUGAUGCAGUUACGCCAUUUUCUUCAGAUGUUAACCAAAUUACAUGCUACAAAAAUUGAUUUAUUUCAUUGAAAAGUGGAUGAAGAAAAGCAUACUAAUUUAUUUGAUAACAUCAAUCUACAUUAUUUUGGUAAGGGUAAAUAUUUAUUGAUGCAUGUCACUUAUCUUUUUUCUGUUUUUUUUCUGUCCAAAUGAUCAGCAUUUGCAUAAGAAAGUUGGUGGGGUAAGGAAUUUACAUUAUCACAGCAGUUUUGCCACAAGAGUACACAGCAUGUAUGCAGCAGGAGUACACAGCAUGUACGCCGCAGGACUCGGGGCAGGAGUACACAGAAUGUACGCCGCAGGAGUACACAGCAUGUACGCCGCAGGACUCGGGCCAGGAGUACACAGAAUGUACGCCGCAGGAGUACACAGCAUGUACGCCGCAGGCUCAUUUGCAUGUGAAAAGUGUAUGUGCCGCGUACAUGCUGCGUACUAUUUCCCGCAUACUAAAUUCCUCCAGCGUACAUCCUGUGUACUACGUAGUCCACAGCAUGUACGCAGCAAGUAGUACGCGGCAGAGCUCAUUUGCAUGUCAAAAGUGUACUACAAACGUACUAUCGGUGUAUGUGCGGUGUAUAUCCUGCGUACUAUUUAAAGCCCUUGAUUUCAGUACACAUCAUGUACGCAUCAUAUACGCUGUAUGUACACAGCAGGAGUACGCAGCAGGCCUUUUUCUUCUGUAAGGGAAAGGGUAUUUUAAGUUUGGCCUAGGUAAGUAUGGUACUAAAAUUUGUAGUGGUGGUGUCAACUGAUGUGCUAGUGGCUUAUAACUUCACCGAAAGAUUUGAUAAUCCUUGUCAUUAGUACUGUACACAGGCCAGGAGGAAUAUGGAAAAUAUUCUAAGUCAAGAGCCAGUGGAAAAAAAGUAAAUCCGAGUUACUGACAAUGAAAAUCAGUUAUUCUUACUUCGAGUCUAUUGGAGUGAAAAUAUUUUCACAGGACUUGUUAUUUUAGACUAGAGUGACAUUGAGUGGAAUUUCUUGAACACAGUUGAAGAAUUUUUUACUUUCUGUUUUGAGACUCAAGACUGGAAGUCAUAUUCCUCAUUGCCUGGACUAUACUUUUAUAACCAACAAAAUUCAUAAUUUUCCACUGUAAAAGUGUUCACUUUUUGGGUUGCAAUGUGGUUUUUAUUAGUUUACAGUAUACAUAGUAGUGUUAUUAAAGCAGCUUAUCCACAGUACAUACUAUAUAUAUUCUUUCACUGCUUAUAAGCAGACGAUUUAACAGCAAUUCAUUUUCUUCUCUUUGAUUUUAAUAUUUGAGAAUUCUAAUGGUUUGGCAGCUUUAUGAUUAUUUUCCUACUUGCUUUCUUCUUCUGUGACCACUGCAUUACUUCCAACUAUUCCUCUUCUGAGAUGGAUUCUUUGUCUGGAACCAUUGCAUUAACUAUCAUACAUUCAUUGAAAACAACAAUAGAUUUUAGUGCAAUAUGCUCUGUUAAUAAGCAAUGUCCAUAUUUAUUUAUUGCUUAUGUGAUCAACUGUAAUUGUGGAUGGAAUAUAUAAUUAGACUUUUGUAGAUAUAAAUAUAAACAUUAGUAAUAUACAUUGACAAUAACAUGGAUCAGCUUUUUUUAAUAAGUAA